AUGCCCAAGUCAAUGCUGCGCUCCCUGUGCCGCCCGGGGAGCCGCCAGCCGCAGAGCAGCUCCGGAGGCAAGCUGCUGGGCUCAGCGGGCCCGAGGCCAGGGGCUGCCCUCCGUGUGGAGAGGAGCCCUGCUGCCUGCCUGCCCAACCCCUGCCAGCACCAGGGCAAGUGCCAGCUGCUGGAGGACAGUCUGCCAGUCUGCAGCUGCAAACCAGGCUUCACAGGGCCUCUCUGCCAAGAUGUGGUGAUGAAGUUGGCCUGCAAGGAGGAUCACAUGAAGAUGAUGGUGAGGAAGGAGGUGUUUGAGCACCUGAGAAUCCCCCUGGAGCUUGUCCACCUGAGGAGCAGAGCGUGCAGGGUGUCAGAGAGCAGGGAGGAGGGGCAGCUCUUCUGGGCAGCCACUCUCACAAGGGAGAACUACACUGCCUGUGGGUCACUGAUUCAGCAAAACAGCUCCCACGUGUCCUACUGCAACGGCAUCGAGUCCGAGUGGGCAGCAGGCACCGAAGUGAUCUCCAGGAGGGCUCAGCUGAGGGUGGAUUUCUCCUGCAUCUACACCUAUGAGGAGGUGGUGAAGCUGCCCUUUGCUCUCACUGCUGUGGACAAGCUGGUGCAGUUCGUGGUCAGAGAGGAACACAUCAACAUCAGCAUGAGGCUGUACAGGAGCCCUGCCUACCUCCAGCCCUAUCAGCUGCCCGCCACAGCCAUCCCCAUCACGGCCACCCUCUACGUCCUGCUGCGGGCGGAGGGACAGCAGCAGCUGCGGCACUUCCAGCUGAGCGCCGAGGAGUGCUGGGCCACGGCGAGCGCCGCUCCCGACGGCGGGCUGCGGCACAGCCUCAUCGAGGAGGGGUGCCCUCGGGACGAGACAGUGAGGCUGCUGAGUGCCAGUGGGGAGAGCACAGCUGCCAGGUUCAGCUUCCAGAUGUUUCGCUUCGUGGCUCAGCCGCAGCUGUUCCUGCACUGCCGAGUGCGGCUCUGCCCCCCGGCCGCCCUGCAGCCCUGUGCCAAGCAAUGCCCCAGGCUCAGGAGGAAGAAGAGGGCACUGGAGGAUGACUACAAUAAGGUUGUCUCCUAUGGCCCCAUCCUGCUGGCUGCUGGAGCAGGGACCCCUUCCAGCUCUGAGCAGCAGGACCUGAAGGGACCCAGCCCGUGGCUGCUCGGGGGCCUCAUCCUGCUGGGGGUGCUGGGGGCGCUGAGCACAGCUGCUGUGGCCAUCAGUGGCAGGCAGCAGCGAAGGGCUGACCCCCAAUAA